AUGAGGGCCCUCUACACGAGGACUUUCUUUCGCGUUGUUAUCCCCACCGAGUUUGGGGAAAAGGUGGCGGUUGUCGGUUCGGAGUCCCAGCUGGGAAACUGGCAGGUGUCUCGGUGCCACGAGUUGGUGACGAACGAAGAUGUGGUGCCCGCGUGGUUUAGCAAAAAGCCGGCGCUGCUGCCUCUCAACAAGAAGGUGGCUUAUAAAUAUGUCGUUUUAAACGACAGAAAUGAAAUCGUCCGGUGGGAGGAGAUAGAAGGGAAUCGGGAGCUGACGCCCACGGGAGUAGAAAUGCUUGUAGAAGAUGACAAUGGUUACAUCCGCGGCAAAACCUCCUGCGACUUGCCCACCGAAAUAACCCCCAACACUCAA